AUGUCUCACGAAUCACAGAUCAAAGUCAACUUUGAUAAUGAACCUUAUAGAAACGAGGAGUUUGUGGUGAAUUAUAAAGCACCAUUCAAUGCUGAACCUAGACCUGAACGCUUGGUUCAAUCGUUCAUUACACCAAUAGAGCAUUUCUAUGUCCGAAACCAUGCUCCAGUACCAGUAAUCAAUCCAGAUACCUACAUGCUAAAGAUUGAUGGACUUGUAGAGAACCCUGUACUCCUAUCACUCAAUGACAUCAAGACAAAGUUUGAAAAGAUUACAAUCACUGCUCAUCUCCAGUGUGCAGGAAACAGAAGAACAAUGAUGAGUGAACAUAAGAAGGUUAAGGGUGUAGGAUGGGGCAUUGCCAGUCUUUCGAAUGGUACUUGGUCAGGUUGUAGACUGAGGGAUGUACUGAUGUAUGCCCGUGCAAUGCCUUUUGAAAGUGGCGCACAUCAUGCUUGUUUCUGGGGCCUCGAUUUUGGCUGUCCAGAGGACAAUGGCAAGUCAUAUGGCAGCUCGAUCACAAUGGAGAAGGCACUGGAUCCCACUGGCGACGUUCUGUUGGUGUACGAGAUGAAUGGACAGACCCUGCCUCGCGACCAUGGCUUCCCACUGAGGGUUGUCGCACCAGGCAUCAUUGGCGCACGAAGUGUCAAGUGGCUGGACAAGAUCACCGUCAGCAGCACCGAGUCGGAGAGCUUCUUCCAGCGCCGAGACUACAAGAUCUUCCACAAUGGCAUUGACUGGGACAACGUCGAGAAGAACUGGGACAACCAUCCAUCGCUCCAGGAGCUGUCGGUGCAGAGUGCCAUCUGUGUGCCAGCGCCAAACUCCCGUCUCUUCCUCCCAUUCACCCUUUAUGGCUACGCUACAGCUGGAGGCGGUCGUAAGAUUGAACGUGUCGAUAUAUCUCUAGAUGGUGGUCAGACAUGGGAUCUUGCCGAGCUGAUGGGUGAGAACAAAGGACCAUGUAGCCGAUACUGGGCAUGGACUCUGUUUAGGUACACAAUCAAAUCUAUCGAUUCAAAGGUGGCCAAGAAGAUCAAUAUAGUCUGCAGAGCAUGGGACUCUGCGAGCAAUACACAGCCAAAGUUUGUUGGCGAUAUUUGGAACUUAAGAGGAGUGAUGAACAACUGCUGGCACAAUGUCGAGGUCACUGUUGAUCCACUGUGUUCCAAGUUCUAG